CGAGAGGCAGCUUUACCCUAAUAGAGCGAGAAAGAGAGCGGUGCUCUUCCAUUGGCGAUCGAUCGAUUCGCCAGGAGAUUCCAGGUUUCCAGCUCCUUUUUCUCCCGAUUCAAUGUGUCAGGGCCGGAAAUUUUGAGCGCGGCGCCAAGAACCGGUGCCAUUCCCGCCGGAUCGAGGCAUGGUUCCGCGGAUCGCAGCUCUGGGACGCGAGAAUGCAGGUGUGGAGGCUGGAAUUUGGAUCGCGCAUGGUUCUUUUCUUGUCGAGAACCCUAGGCGGCGUCCGGCAAGACGAAGUCCUCGCAUGAGAUACGCGCGAGCAGCUCAUGGAUUGCAGGGAAUACGGCCUUGCAAGGAUUCUUGUAGCAGCGGCAGCGAUUUCUAGAGAGGAGCAUGGUCGACAGGAGGACGGAUUGCUAUGGAAGUCCUCCAAGGAAUGGCGUGGGGAAGACCUUCCCAUCGGGAGCGCUAUACACGGUUGAUUCUUCCAAGGGACGAUCUGCCGCUCACUCGGCCGCAAACGCGGAGAGCUUGAGGAGCAGGGGUGGUGCGCUCAUCGAUGCUUCCGUGUGGACGGCGACGAGCAUGUCUAGCGCUGUCAGCUCGUCGAGCCAGGGAUCUGGGCAGGAGGAGGGGGAUGUUUUCGGGGAGCUGUGGAUGUGGGGGGAAGGAAUUGGGGAUGGUGGUGGCACGAAGAAGCUCGACACUUCGUUUAGAACAGAUGCGUUUCUUCCGCGAGCGGUGAGAUCACUGGUGGUGCUCGACGUCCAGCAGAUCGCUUGCGGUGUUCGUCAUGCCGCAUUGGUGACCAGGCAAGGAGAAGUUUUCUCUUGGGGUGAAGAGAGUGGUGGGAGGCUGGGACAUGGUGUGGAUGCCGACGUAGCUCACCCCCAGCUGAUCGACUCACUCGCUAGCUCCACCGUCCAGUACGUUGCUUGCGGCGAGUACCACUCUUGUGCGGUGACACAGUCCGGGGAUCUCUACACUUGGGGCGAUGGAACUCAUAACUUUGGACUUCUAGGACACGGUAACAACAUCAGCCAUUGGACUCCAAAGCGAGUGGGUGGUCCCUUGGAAGGAGUACGUGUGUCGUCGGUUGCCUGUGGACCUUGGCAUACAGUCCUAGUGACUUCCACCGGUCAGCUUUUCAGCUUUGGCGAUGGAACGUUUGGGGUGCUCGGGCAUGGUGACAGGAAGAGUGCGUCGAUGCCCAGAGAAGUGGAGUCGCUCAAGGGGCUCAAGACUCUCAGAGCUGCCUGUGGCCCUUGGCAUACUGCGGCGGUGGUGGAGGUGAUGAGUAGAUACUCCAACGCCGGUAGCUCGUUGUCCGGGAAGCUUUUUACGUGGGGGGAUGGAGACAAGAACAGGCUCGGGCAUGGUGAUAAGGAGCAAAAGUUGGUUCCGACUUGCGUCGCUGCUCUCGUUGAUCACAACUUUCGUCAAGUGGCGUGUGGCCACAGCCUUACGGUGGCUCUAACGACAACAGGACACCUUUACACCAUGGGAAGUGUAUCCUACGGUCAGCUGGGAGAUCCUCAGGCUACGGGAAGGCUUCCUGGCGUUCUGAGGUUGGGCAGAACACUGAUUGAGGAGGUUUCUUGCGGAGCCUACCACGUUGCUGCGCUGACAUCAAAAGGUGACGUUUGUACGUGGGGAAAAGGAGCAAAUGGCAGGCUUGGACAUGGUGAUGCGGAGGACCGGGAUGUGCCGUCACUGGUGGAAGCUCUCAGGGACAAGCAGGUGAAGAAAGUUUCGUGUGGAUCGAGCUUUACGUCGGCAAUCUGUCUCCACAAGUCUGGGCCAGGGGUAGGGACAGGGAAUUCCAUGUGUUCGGGAUGCAGGCAGCCUUUCGGCUUCACUAGGAAGAAGCACAAUUGCUACAACUGUGGACUGCCUUACUGUCACUCAUGCAGCUCGAAGAAGGCACUAUACGCGUCGCAGGCCCCGAAUCCACGGAAGCUACAUCGAGUGUGCGACACUUGCUUCUUGAAAAUGAGCAGGAGCAGUGUGUCCGUGACUGCCCCGAAGGAAAACAGCGAGACAAGGUUCCUGAAAGUGCAGACCAAGGGGGACCUGUUCAAGCAGACGGAUGUCAAGACGACCAAGAGAAGUAAACGACCGGAUUCUACUAGUCGGGUGUCACCGAUGCCGAAUGGUCUUCUGCAGUGGGGUGGUGUGAAUGCCCCGGCUGCCUUCAACGCCUUCUUGGACGCAGCGAAGUCAAUUCCACAGUCGAGAGUCGGCUCCAGAGCUGUUUCACCUCUAUCGAGAAGGCCCAGUCCACCAAGGUCCGCGACUCCGAUACCAACGGUGGGCGGCUUGACUUCUCCAAAGCACGAGGUGGAGGAGGUGAAGCUCAAAAACGAGAGCCUCAUUCUGGAGAUCUCGAGACUUAAAGCUCAGGUGGAGAAACUGACAAGACGUUGCGAGUCGCACGAGAAGGAGCUACUCCACAGCUCCAAGCAGAUUCAAGAUGCCUUUGCGGUCGCCGGUGCCGAGUCCGCGAAGUGUAAGGCUGCGAAGGAGGUGAUCAUGUCACUGACAGCACAACUCAAAGACCUGGCGGAGAGGAUGCCCCCGGGAAGCUAUCGAACGAGGCCAGAGCCUCCAAGCGCACCACUGCCGGAAGAUGGUACUAGAAGCCAUGGGAACGUUGUCUGCGACGUCCCUGCGAGGCUGUCCGACGUUGAUACUUCCAGACUUCACGACCAGGCGGAUGGCCGAGCUUCCAACUCGGCUACCAGUGAAAGUGGUGUGGAGGAAUGGGUGGAACAAGACCAACCCGGAGUGUACAUAACUCUUACGGCGUUACCCGGCGGUGGCAAAGACUUGAAGCGUGUUAGAUUCAGCCGCAAGAGAUUCAGUGAGAAGCAGGCAGAGAUCUGGUGGCAAGAGAAUCGACACCGAGUUUACGAGCAGUAUAACGUCCGCGGCAAAGUUCCUGGCUCCUCGCGGCCCAACAAUGCCAGCACCAUAAAAGAUUGACAAUCUCCUGGAGAUAAUUUUGCUGCAAACCUUUUGGAAUGGCACACUGGACAGCAAUGGGCCAUCUUUUUCUUGGCAGCACCACUCGAGAAAGUUUUGUAGAUAAAGAACAAAAAGAUUUGUUAAUAUGAUCCAUUGUUCUAACCAA